GGCCGCCUAACAACAACGUCAACAAGAAGGCAUCUUCGGGGGAGAGGGCCGGGCGUUACACAUCAUGGGGAUUCUAGAAAACAACGAUAUAUCGGAAGACGAUUUUGUGGUCCUACUAGAAGACCGAUCAUUUGUGGAUUACUUCAACAUAUAUCUAAGUCUACCGAUAUUUGGACAACACGUGGUCUACAGUUUCAUUGAAAGAGAGUUCUCUUAUGAACCACCAAUCAGGAAGAAGAAAAGUCUUGUGGACCGCAGAGAAGUAGUACAUUGGUUAUACACAAAGAGAUACCCAAGCUUUUCCAAAUCGAAUCUGUGUACAGAGUACAUACUAAGCAGUAGACUUCGUGAUUUAAACGUAAAUCUACUCGGUAAAAAUGUUGACGAAUCUGAUGAUCAGGCUACACUUACAAGAAACAUUCUUGGAAAUGCAGUCGGUAUGCAGUUAUUUCGAGAAUCCCUAAUCGGCACUCCGGGUGAAAAAUGCUAUAAAUGCUGGCUUGACCUCGAAAGACAUCGGCGCAUGCCUCCCGGGGAGCAACGCCAGAGACUGAUGCUGUACAUAAGGAAUAUUUACUUGGCAGAUGGCGCUCUACAUGAACUUCAGACUGCUGGAAGACACGCUGUUUUUGAAGGAAAACUAAAUUUUGAACUUAUCCCAGAAACAGAAAUACAAAGACAGCUUAUUAAAGAUUUUGGAAGCGGAAAUAUUAUCUACCGUAAAAAUUCAGACGAUGCCUUCCAACAGCUCGAACGUUUGAUAGUAGCAGCAUUGAGAAUGUAUUGGGUUCCAAGAUACUUAUUAAAUCUUCUCAAAACUAUACCAAAGCAAUAUCUGGCCGUUCUGAAGCGAGCAACUCCUUAUGAUCAACGUGCACUACAGGAACAUCGACAGAUGACUUGUCGGUUAGUGUUUCCAAAAAUAUAUGACGCUGACUCCUCACCGACGAAAUUAAUCGAGUCUAACAUCGACGGUGAAAUGAAGAACAUACGAAUAAAACCUCUUUCAGCAAGGUCCGACAAACCUAGGACACAAUAUACUGGUUCCAGUCUUUCAGACAAGGUGACCUUGACAUCUUCUUUAGAAUCCUGUAGUAUACCGGAUGGAGAGCACGAAGAAGAUAUUAAAAUUAGCGAUUUUCUUUCAAUAGCUGGAGGCGGAAGACUAGAAUACGUCGAGCCGAAAGAAUCAAAAUCAAGUAUUUCGUCACAAGAAUUUGAAUCUUUCGAUUUCGGUAAUGCUGAACCACGGACAUGUUCUUCUGAAACUGCAGUAACGACGACCUCUUCAUUUACUCAAAUUCGUCCAACCCUUAGUAUACCGCCAUCCUUAGCUACAUACAUCAGUGGUAAGAAUCGUAUCAAGACAGGCAGAAAAACUAACAAUAAGGUGAUGUUUGCUCUCGCAGCGGACAAUUUAGCAGGAAACCCAUUACAGUCAUACUUGAACCGUUCAGGAAAGACGAGAGACGAAAAAUUGCUCAAAUUGUGGAUAGAUGUUCGACAGUAUUUAGAUGCGGAUGACUCACACCGAGACGAGUUUGGUCAUUCUAUAAAACAACAUUUGGCGCGGGUCAUCUUCAACCAAUAUCUUGUAUCCAACAAUGACGAUCUAUUGCCUGAAAGCGUGAAAAUGUCGAUAUAUACCAGUUUAUCGCGACAAGAUGAUGCAACUUUAUUAUGUUUUGUCCAGGACUUUGUCACAGGGAGUUUAAAGGACACAUGGAAAAUCUUCAUGCUAGCAGAAAGGAAAGCUUUCAGGAAACAAGUGGUUGGUAGUCGCCAUUUUGACAGAAACGUAUUAGAAUACCCUCCAAAUAUGGACAAAGACCUGGAUGAUCCAUUACUUCUUAUCAAUACAUCGCAAGGUAUCAGUCCAGAGAUGCUGUCAAAAGAUUACCGUCCUAAGAGUGGGUCAAUGUCAGAGGAAAGACCAUGGAGCCGACUGUCCGACAACUUACCAGUGGCGUUAACGGAUGAACAGAUUAUGAAAGCCUUUGAAUUCACCGUUAUAUUGGCAGAGUACGGGAGACCCGGAAUGUUUACUUACAAAAAACCUACGAUAGCUGAUAUUAUAGAUGUGCUCUACAGUGAUUUCGGCAGUUUACAUAUCAACAAAGUACAUCCUAAAAGACAUCCAUUCCUUUACAAUCUUAUGAACAAGCCAAAGAUAGAUAUAGAGAACCUAAAGGUGUCACGAGAGGUAUUCUUAGACAGACCAACGAUAAUAGAGGCUGAUGACACACCACGUAAUAAUAGACUCGUUCUUAGAAGAGACGGUCUUUUGAUUGAAAGGCCACCCCGUCCAAGAAAUUUCAUGGAAGUGCUGAAUUCAGCCUUGCAUUAUGAUUUCUUUAGAAGAUUUAUGGCAAGUAAUAAAACGCCAUAUCCUCUUGCCUUUUGGAGAAAUAUUGAGGAACUUCGUCAAAUGCCACCAGGGCGCCUGCGUCACAAUAUGAUCAGUAACAUUAUCAGAAAGUAUUUCGGCAAGAGUGCGAAGCAAGGUGCUUGGUUAGACUGUAGUGACGAUAUUAUAAGACAGAUUCCUUCCAUGGAAAAGGUUCCUUUAAGUGUUUUAAUAUGUGCUCAGGCUAGUGUGUUCAGAGCCAUGGAACAAAAAUGGUAUCCUAAAUAUCUGGAAACUUUUCCACCCGAUGCAGAUUAUGAACCAGAAUUCCAGGUCCCUACUCUGAAAGAAGAACCUAAGCCAAGGGUCAGAAGAGUUAAGAAAAAACGAACGCUCUAUCUAUGGAAUAGCUUCCUAACUAUGAUUUGUGCUUUCCUGAAGUCAAUGAAGGAUCAAAGAGAGGUUCAACUCCUAGAGUUAUAUAUGAGAAAGGAAAUUCGCCGAGAAUUCAAAAAGCAAAACAGCAAGCAACACGAUUACCCGCCAAAUAAAAAUGUUACUACUGGAUCAAAUAUUCAUUUCCAACCGAGGAUUGUGUUGAAAAAUCGACUUGUAUAUGUAGACAAAUUACCAAUGGAUCUACGAUUUUGGUGUGAAAUUGCAAGAUAUGUUGAAAUGGUGGAUUAUAUUCAUGGACUUAAACCCGUUUCACGUAACAACGAAGACUUUUUAUACGAGAAGGCAAGAACAAUUGUCAACUAUUAUGUAUCUUCCGAUAUACCUCCUAAAAAUCAGCUGAACAUUUCCACUGACUUAGCAACAAAUAUAUCUAACUCACUGGACAAAGAUGGACCAACCAGGGGACUUUUUCAUGAUGCACUCCUCGUAAUAUUCCCGCUUAUUUACCAUUACUGGAGACAAUGUCAGAAGGAAUGGAUGAAAAAUCAUACUGCAGCAGAGUUAAUGGAGAUGAUAGAAGAAGAAGAAAAAUCACGAGAAAGACCAAGCACCCCACACAAACUUGAAGAGGUGCCGGACUAUCUUAGAAUUAGAGCAUCUCAAAUAAAAGUCGCCACACAGUUCGUCUCCGGAUAUAUUAUUGAUGAAGAUCAGUGGAUUAUUAAUUUUUCACUUGUUGAUGGCAUGCGAAUUUUACUUCCUCAACCUAAAAACGUACCAAAACAUGGCCGUAAAGGGAGUUUGGCGACAAGACGAACAAGUGUCAUGGAAAAAGGCUCCCAUAAAACCGUUACCGGAAGUGACUCUAAGAUGAGCGAAUCUUCACACAAGAAAGAAAAAUCAAAAGACAAGGAAAAGAGUAAGCUGAAAACAAAAUCGAAAAAGAAAAUGGAUGCUCUAACAGAGGAAGCUGAUUCAAGGUUUUCGUCUCAAAACAUUAAACCAACCAAGUCAAGGAGCUCCCAUACACCACCAGAAGGCAAAGAGAAACUUGUAGAUGAACUGGUGGAGAGAUCAUCCAAAUCACCGAGUCGUCUUAGAAAAAUGAACGACCUUGUUUCUGCGGCUAUACAAGACGACAUUGAUCAAGACAUAUUUGGAACUGAAUGAAUAUUUAUCUGACAUAAUAAACAUACUAUUUUGAUUCUAAUGAUCUGAUUCACUGGUACAUAAAUAAUUUAAAUCGUACAGAAGCCUGUAGUGUUUUUUAAGAAUGCUGUAGUUCCUUCAAAAAUCAAUUUCAGCAAAGGUCUGAUAUCCAUGAUAUCCUACAUAUAUUCAUAGAAUUUUGUAAUUUUAAAUAAGUUCAAAAUGGCAAUUUUUAGACUAAUAUAAAAAAAGGAGAUAUGGUAUAAGUCAAUUU